UGUCCUGGAUUUGAAACGCUCCGUAACGGUCGCGCACUGCGCUCCUGUUCGGCUCUCCGUGGUCCAAACGUUCGGUGAACGCCGUCAGGUACCGCGCCGGUGAAGUAACGUCGAACAGGUUGACGUCACGAACGUUUUUCUCCUUUUUUGUUUCUUUUUAUUUGAAACGCCGCGAAAGUCAUGAACCCAAAACUUAAACGUCAGGAAGUGACGUCAGGGAGGCUGGCAGGCACCCUCAAAGUGAACAGACAGACUCCAGCAGGUCCGCCGGACGCCGCCUUCUCACUCUACUCCACAGACUCGGAGGAACAGGUGUCCACGCUCCACAGAGGUCUGGAUCGCUGCGCCGUCCUCCUGGACCACAUCCUUCAGGCGGACGCUGCAGGGAUCUCGUCUCCUCAAAGAACACCAUCAGAAGCAGCAACCAGGAGGAGAACUCCUGCUGGGAAGAAGAAGCUUCCUGGAAAACCGGGUCAGAGUCCUGGAAGAACCACACGGUCCUUCAACCACUCCAGACCUGGUUCUCACACAGUGAAAGCUGGAGCUGCUAGAUCCAGAGUGAACACCUCGCAGGGAAAGAGCUCCUCAAAGAGACCGACCACAAAGACAGGUCUCAGCAGCUCAGGUCUUCAUGGACGAGUCAGCUCCACUCCAACAGCGACGCAGACCUGUGCUGCUGGUGCACAGUCCGGGCUCAGGCCCCGCCCACUCCAGAGACGAGCUGUGAGGUCUCCUUUACCUCCAGAGCCUCCGACCAUCACGGCCUCCCUCAGAUCCUCACAGCAGGUCGUUUCAGUUCCUCCUGAGUUAGAGGGCGCUGAGCAGGACUGUGUCCCGGUCCGAGACCCCGGCCCCCACAGCUCUGCUGCAGACCCUCCCAGAUCUGUGGAGGAGCAGGAGGCGGCCUCAUGCAGCAGGACGACUGUCCACAGACUCCUGGAGGAGCUGAAGGCCACCACUGCAGAACAAGACAGGUUAGCAGAGCAUGUCAGUCUGGAGCAGAGCUCGUCUCCUCCACAGGUCAGACUUGAACCUUCCAGCCCGUCAGCUGAGAGAGCAGAAGUUCUGGGCCUGCAGGGGGAGCUGGAGAGCGCUCAGGCCCGACUGCAGCAGCUGCAGGAGGACCUGGGUGAACUACGGAGAGCGCUGCAGGACACACAGAGCCAGCUGAAGGACGUGCAGGCAGAAAACGCUCUCCUGAAGACAGACUUAGACUUCCACAAACAGCAGCUGCUGGACGGCGAGCGAGUGAACCGUGAGCUGGCGUCGCUCGCCCAGCUUCGUCUGGAGGAGAUGGAGAAGCUGCAGAGCCUCCUUCAGAGCGCCGCGGACACUCCCACCGACCGGAUCAAAGGCUUCCUCCGCUCUCUGAGCCAGGCGGAGCCGACGCCCACUGAGCACGUGCAGGAGCGGAGGUCACCUCCCCCUGGAGACGCGUUCCCCCAAAGCGACAGAGAGAACCCGCACCUGCAGGCCUGUGCACGGCGCGCCCGCUCCCCGUCUCUCUGUGACUCCGCCUCCCUGUGGUCCACCUGGAGCGCCAGGUCCAGCUCCACCUUUGACACCAGAGACGAGGCGGCGUUCAGGGACGGCCUGGCGGCUCUGGACGCCAGCAUAGCCAGCCUGCAGAGAACUUUCCAGCUGGAUCUGAGGAGGUGUUGAGCCGGCGGGUCGGCCCAGAACCGUGGAGGUCCAGACCUCCUUUAACAUCAAACUUUUGAUUUUAAAUAAAGUUUUAUCUAUCCUACAGUCUCAGAAA